CGCCUUGCAUUAGACACUCGCGGAUAGAUAUCUCCCUCAGCCUCCGACUUCAUACGCACAACCCCGUCCGCUAAUCAACCGCCGCCAUGCCCCCGCCGUCGCACCUCGCCAUCGCCACCAGCUCCGUCAAGCGCCUGCUCAAGGAGGAGGCCUCGUACUACAAGGAGCUGGCUCAGCAGGAGGCUCAGAUCAAGGCCCUGAAGGAGAAGAUCGAGAGCGGCCAGGGCAGCGAGGAUGACAAUGGAGAUUUCAUGCUGAAGCAGCUGGAAACCGCCGUCGAACAAACCAAGGCCGUUUUCGGACCCCUGAGGGAGCGACUCGAUGCCGCCGUCGCCAAGUUGGAGGAUCAGAUACAGGUGAGGGAGCAGAGUGGUGCGCCGGAGCAGGAGAUGGAAGCGGCCAAGGCCACCCUCGCGCAGGUCAAGGCAGAACAGAACGGUUCAUCAUAGGGGGUGUGGCUAGAGAGCCUCAGGAUGGGAUACUACACUAGAGAGCGAUACGAUACCAUUACGACGACGAGGAAGAAGCAAUAUAAAGGGUGAA